AUGGCAGCCACAGUCAGGAUGCAGAGGAGGCGAGCUGGUUGGGCCUUGAUGGCUGUGCUCCUGGCAGACCUGUUGGCACUGAGUGACAUGCUGGCAGUGAUGUCUGUGGACCUGGGCAGCGAGUCCCUGAAGGUGGCCAUCGUCAAACCUGGAGUUCCCAUGGAAAUUGUCCUAAACAAAGAAUCCCGGAGGAAAACCCCAGUGACUGUGACCCUGAAGGAAAAUGAGAGAUUCUUUGGAGACAGCGCGGCUAGCAUGGCCAUCAAGAAUCCAAAGGCCACGCUGCGCUACUUCCAGCAGCUCCUGGGGAAGCAGGAGGAGAACCCCCAUGUGGCCCUUUACAGAGAGCGGUUCCCUGAGCAUGAGCUAGGCUUCGACCCGCAGAGGCAGACUGUGCGCUUCCAGAUCAGCCCGCAGCUGCAGUUCUCACCUGAGGAGGUGCUGGGCAUGGUUCUCAAUUACUCCCGCUCCCUGGCUGAAGACUUUGCAGAGCAGCCCAUCAAGGACGCAGUGAUCACCGUGCCAGCCUUCUUCAAUCAGGCCGAGCGCCGAGCUGUGCUGCAGGCUGCCCGCAUGGCUGGCCUCAAAGUGCUGCAGCUCAUCAAUGACAACACUGCCGCCGCCCUCAGCUACGGGGUCUUCCGUCGGAAAGAUAUCAACACCACGGCCCAGAACAUCAUGUUUUAUGACAUGGGCUCAGGCAGCACGGUGUGCACCAUCGUCACCUACCAGACAGUGAAGACGAAGGAGGCGGGGACGCAGCCCCAGCUGCAGAUCCAGGGAGUCGGGUUUGACCGCACCCUGGGAGGCCUGGAGAUGGAGCUCCGGCUGCGUGAGCACCUGGCUGGGCUCUUCAAUGAGCAGCGCAAGGGCCAGGGUGCGAAGGACGUGAGGGAGAACCCUCGCGCCAUGGCCAAGCUGCUGCGUGAGGCUAACCGAGUCAAAACUGUCCUGAGUGCCAACGCCGACCACAUGGCACAGAUCGAGGGCCUCAUGGAUGACGUGGACUUCAAGGCGAAGGUGACCAGAGCGGAGUUUGAAGAGCUGUGUGCAGACUUGUUUGAGCGGGUGCCGGGGCCCGUGCAGCAGGCCCUGCAGAGUGCCAGGAUGAGCCUGGAGGAGAUUGAGCAGGUGAUCCUGGUGGGUGGGGCCACUCGGGUCCCCAAAGUCCAGGAGGUGCUGCUGAAGGCUGUGGGCAAGGAGGAGCUGGGGAAGAACAUCAAUGCGGACGAAGCGGCCGCCAUGGGGGCCGUGUACCAGGCAGCCGCGCUCAGCAAAGCCUUCAAGGUGAAGCCGUUCAUAGUCCGGGACGCGGCGCUCUACCCCAUCCUGGUUGAGUUCACCAGGGAGGUCGAGGAGGAGCCUGGGGUUCGCAGCCUGAAGCACAACAAGCGUGUUCUGUUCUCCCGGAUGGGGCCCUACCCCCAACGCAAGGUCAUCACCUUUAACCGCUACAGCCACGACUUCAACUUCCACAUCAACUAUGGCGACCUGGGCUUCCUGGGGCCUGAGGAGCUCCGGGUGUUUGGCUCCCAGAACCUGACCACAGUGAAGCUCAGAGGCGUAGGCGAGAGCUUCAGAAAGUACCCCGGCCAUGAGUCCAAGGGCAUCAAGGCGCACUUCAAUCUGGACGAGAGCGGCGUGCUCAGCCUGGACAGGGUGGAGGCUGUGUUUGAGACACUGGUGGAAGACAGCCCAGAAGAAGAAUCGACUCUGACCAAACUUGGCAACACCAUCUCCAGCCUGUUCGGAGGUGGCACCACAGCAGAUACCAAGGAGAAUGGCACCAGCACCAGUCAGGAGGAGGAGGAAAGCCUUGCGGAGGGGAGCAGGGAUGAGCCCGGAGAGCAAGCGGAGCUCCGCGCGGAAGGGGAGGCCCCGGGGGAGGGCACCUCCGCGCCCUCACCCCCCGAGCCUGCGGGCGGUGCGGCCCCUGAGGGGGAAAAGGCCGCGGACGAAGAGGACGGGGACAAGCCUGAGGCCCAGAAGCCAAGUGACAAGGGGGAGGCAAGGUCUGAGGGAGUCCCUCCAGCCCCGGGGGAGGAAAGGAAGCAGAAGCCUUCCCGGAGGCAGAAGAUGGUCGAGGAGGUCGGGGUGGAGCUGGUUGUCCUGGACCUGCCUGACCUGUCUGAGGACGAGCUGGCCCGCUCGGCACAGAAGCUUCAGGACCUGACAGCGCGGGACCUAGCCAAGCAGGAGCGGGAGCAAGCUGCCAACAGCUUGGAAGCGUUCAUCUUUGAGACCCAGGACAAGCUGUACCAGCCCGAGUACCAGGAAGUGUCCACCGAGGAGCAGCGCGAGGAGAUCGCGGGGAGACUGGGCGCCGCUUCCGCUUGGCUGGAGGACGAAGGCUUUGGGGCCGCCACAGGGAUGCUGAAGGAGAAGCUGGCUGAGCUGAGGAAGCUGUGCCAAGCGCUGUUUUUUCGGGUGGAAGAGCGUAAGAAGUGGCCCGAACGGCUCUCUGCCCUCGAUAACCUCCUCAACCAUUCCAGCAUGUUCCUCAAGGGGGCCCGGCUCAUCCCGGAGAUGGACCAGAUCUUCACUGAGGUGGAGAUGACCACGUUAGAGAGAGUCAUCAAUGAGACCUGGGCCUGGAAGAACGCCACGCUGGCUGAGCAGGCCAAGCUGCCCGCCACACAGAAGCCAGUGCUGCUCUCCAAAGACAUCGAAGCCAAGAUGAUGGCCCUGGACCGUGAGGUGCAGUAUCUGCUCAACAAGGCCAAGUUUGCCAAGCCCCGACCCAAGCCCAGGGAUAAGAAUGAAACCCGGGCAGAACCUCCGCUCAAUGCCAGCGCCAGUGACCAGGGGGAGAGGAUCAUCCCCCCACCAGGCCAGACUGAAGAUGCAAAGCCCAUUCCCGAACCUGAGAAAGAGACUCGCCCUGAGCCAGCGGACACAGGUGAGGAUGGAGCAGCAGAGUCUGAGCAGCAGGAGCAGCCUGCAGGACCGAGACCAGCUUUGAAGAAUGAUGAACUAUAA